AUGACUGGUGCACAUAUAGCAACUUUAACCGGUCACAGUGAUGAAAUAAUGGAUGUCUGCUUUGAUUAUGCUGGCCAGCGUAUUGCAACUGCCUCUGCUGAUGAAUUAUGCGAGCGGCUGCUUCACAGCAGGAAGCGGCGCGUUGUGCCUCCAGCUGGAGCUCGGGGAGCCCGCCGUGUUCUGCAGGCAGCCGGCAGCGCGAGCUGCUUUCCUACAGCGCGAGAGAGUGAACUGCAGCCAGUGCCUUCAGUACGCGUAAAUAUUUUAGGAAUUAUUCUGGAAUAUGUAGAAGGUGGUGAGCUGAAGACCAGAUCUAUAGAUCUACUUGAUCUUAAUCCUCACACAGAUGUCAUCGCCUUAGUAGAAGAAAUUCAAAAAGAAGAACCUCUCAUCACAGCUUCUUGCAAGGAACACGUCAUAUGUUUAGUACAAAGAUUGCAAGAGAAACUAGGGGAACAAGAGGACCACAAAUUCUAUCUUUUUAAGGUACUUAGGGCACAUAUAUUGCCACUGACAAAUGUAGCAUUCAACAAAUCUGGUUCCCGGUUUAUCACAGGAAGCUAUGACAGAACCUGCAAAGUAUGGGAUACUGCGUCAGGAGAAGAGUUGCAUACACUAGAGGGACACAAAAACGUUGUUUAUGCAAUUGCUUUUAAUAAUCCCUAUGGUGACAAGAUUGCCACUGGAUCUUUCGAUAAAACCUGCAAACUGUGGAGUACUGAAACAGGAAAAUGUUAUCAUACUUUCAGAGGACAUACUGCAGAAAUAGUAUGUUUAUCGUUUAAUCUUCAGAGCACAUUGGUGGCAACUGGAAGCAUGGACACCACUGCCAAAUUAUGGGAUAUAGAGAAAGGAGAAGUAGUAUUUACUUUAAGAGGGCACUCAGCAGAAAUUGUUGCAUUGUCUUUUAACACCACCGGAGACAGGAUUAUCACCGGCUCCUUUGACUGCACAGUAGGAGUGUGGGAUGUUGUCACUGGCAGGAUGUUGCAUAUUUUAAUAGGCCAUCGAGGAGAAAUUAGCAGUGCACAGUUCAACUGGGACUGUUCUCUUAUUGUCACUGGAUCAAUGGACAAAACAUGCAUGGUAAGAAAGUUGAGGAUGCACUGAACAUCCAAAUCAUAA